CAGAAAAAGCUGUUCAGUAUACAAGUCUGUUAAACACUUCACAGGUUCUUCGACUUUACAUCUUUAUAAUGGAAGCCAUUUAUGAAAAUUUUGAACCUAAAGAUCCUGUCUGCCAGGUUUACAAAUCAAAUCCACCAGCUUCCAUCAAGUCCAACAGGAGAUGCUAUCUCAGUGUUAUUACUUUCAUGGUGAUGCUGAGUGUUCUUCUUCUGGCUGGACUCGUCAUUCUUGGCCUCCUCUAUGGUGACUCAGUAAAAAAAUUGUCAGAAAUUUCUGACAGCAAAGAUAAUUUGACUGAGCAACUGAAUGAUGUUAUUGAGACGAUGAAUUCCAACCUCACUGAAACUACCAAGAAGCUGAUGGACUGUAAACAGAGGAAACCACGAUGUCCAUCAGGAUGGAUCAGAUUUGGUUCCUCUUGUUAUUUCUUCUCUGGGGAGUCUAAGUCCUGGGAUGAAGCAAGAAAGUCCUGCAAAGCCAGACAAGCUGAUCUGGUUGUGAUAAACAGCACGGAUGAAAAGACUUUUCUUUUUGAAUUCAGAGAUCAACCAGUCUGGAUUGGACUGACUGACAAAGUCCAGGAGGGGAGCUGGAAAUGGGUAGAUGGAAGUCCUCUGACUCUGAAGUUCUGGGGGAAAAACCAGCCUGAUAGUGAUGGUGGAAGCCAACGUUACGGAGAGGAAGACUGUGCUGAAAUUAGAGAAACUCCUGGAUUCUGGAAUGAUAUUUCAUGUGAAACUUCUUUACGGUGGAUCUGUGAAAAAGAAGCAACUUUAUUUGUUUGAAAAUUACUUUAAAUUAAGAUGUAGUUUUUACCUUUUCUUACCUUUCAGAAACAUACAGGGACAAGACCAUACAAAACCUAUUUGCUUCUUUACUAAGGUAAAAAAUACCUGCAGCUCAAUUUGGAAGUGAGAUAACUAUUUUUAAAAAUUAUUCCUUACUUAAAAAUGUAAUCAUUUCUUUUAUCAAUAUCUACUUUGUGUCUGAAGAUUUUGUUUUUAAAUUUGACAUUUCAUUGCCAAUCGAAGAAAUUCUUUUAUCCUUUCCUUGACCUUCUUUGAUCAAGUGGUUUCUUACACAGUGUCGGCUUCUGCGUAAUCUCACUUUUCAUGCAACACCAACUUUCAUUUGUGUUUCAUAGCUCACACUUUGUGAGAGUUUCCUGUGGCAUCCCACAAUCUUCUGUCUAUGCAAAGCAUGUUAGAAAUUAAAUUUGUUAAAGGGAAUAAUAACAUAAAAACUGGUCAUUCUUUG